CCUCCACCUAGACUACCUUUCGACUGUAUCACUCUGGCUUGACCGCAAUGAGUGACUAUGCCAAUGGCCACAAGCGCCGACGCUCUCAUUCACCAAGUCGUCGGAGCCAUCACGAUGAUUCUAGACCAUACCGGGAACGGGCUGCGCCCCAGAGCAACAACAAGCCUCCUCAGCGAUGGUCGCACCGAGAACAAAUGAAGAUCAACCAACUCCAAGAGGAUGAACGAAUGCGAGAAUGGGUUGCACAAGAGGAUGACUUUGUCUUAAAACAGGCUAAGAAAAAGGCAGAGAUCCGCGUCAAGGAAGGCCGCGCCAAACCCAUUGACUGGCUUGCUGUUACCCUGCGGGUUGUUGACCCUACGAGGGAUCCAUUGGAUGAAGAGGUGGAAGAAAAGGACCUGGACUUUCUCGAUCCAGACAGCGUCUUUGACGGAUUGUCGGAAACACAAUUGUCAGAUCUGCGCAAAGACAUCGACACAUACCUGAACCUCGAGACGAACCGGAAGAACAGAGAGUAUUGGCGGACGAUGCAGAUUAUUUGCAGCGACAGGCAAAAGAAGACGAGGUCUCUCGGCCCUGAGGGUCGAGCAGUCAGCUCGGUCGCUGCAGACAUUGACAACUUGUUAAGGCCCAAAACACACGAGCAGUUGGUCGUCCUCGAGAGGCAGAUCCGCGCAAAACUUGACUCUGACGAGCCAAUCGACACUGAUUACUGGCAGCAACUGUUGGAUAGUUUACUGGUAUGGAAAGCCAAGGCCAAGAUCAAGGCAGUCUACAAAGACGUCGUUGAAUCUCGGUUAAAACGACUACGGUCAGAGAAUCAGCGCAAGGCAGAACAAGCCGUACAGAGACUUGUCAAUACCUUGUCACAGGUAGAGCAACACAAAACGAUCGACCAGAAGUCACUCGACCCAGACCCUCUAUUACAAAUCGCGGCCAAGGACAAGAACCUUGAAACCUUGGACGAGUCAGCAUUCCUACAGCAAAUUGCAAAGAGUCGACGCAAGGUUCUCCAGAUGGGCUAUGUCCCGGCUCCCAAAGGAUUGGCCGAACCAGUUUCAAAUCGGUCUCGUCCAGCCAACCAACCACACAACAUUGUUGACCCUACUGCGCGCUUCGAUACUAGCACUGCUCCGUCCGACGACGUCUCCUCGUCCACCAAAGCGCUCUUGGAUCGCGAAGUUGCCAAAGGCGUCAAUGAAGAUGAAGAGAUCUUCGCGGGCGAGGAGGAAGUCACAACCUCGGCAUCUCAAGCUGUGUGGAUAGGCCAAGGCAAAUACCGACCGCGGAAACCCAAAUAUUUCAACCGAGUUCAGAUGGGGUACGAAUGGAACAAAUACAACCAGACGCAUUACGACCACGACAAUCCGCCUCCGAAAGUGGUUCAGGGUUAUAAAUUCCAUGUCUUCUAUCCCGACCUCAUUGACCCAACCAAGGCGCCGACAUAUAAGAUCAUGAGAGAAGGGGGCCGGCGGAAAGGACAGACAAUGGCUCCUGCCGGCGAAGAAGAUACUUGCAUCAUCAGGUUCAUGGCUGGUCCACCUUAUGAGGAUGUCGCCUUUCGAAUUGUCGAUCGGGAUUGGGACUAUUCAGCCAAGCACGAUCGAGGGUUCAAAAGCACAUUUGAACGGGGCAUCUUGACUUUGCACUUUAGUUUCAAGCGGGUCAUGUAUCGAAAAUAGUGAGACGGCUUCAGCCUUGAGCAUUAAUUGUAACAUGCUCUACCAACAGAUAUGACUAGGAAUGGAUGAUUGGUUUGUACGAGAACCAUGCAGUAUUGACAAGCGUGGAUCAUUGCGGUCUAAAUGGAGAUGAUACGAAACUCCGUGCCUGGUCCAGAACUCCAUGAUCUUGACCAUGCGCCGCACACGACGAAGUCUAAAUCAUUCCCAAGUUUCCAUAUCGCCAUUUUUGAACACGUUCCUCAGGCCAGCACACCAGUUGGUCAUGGCCAGCCAGCUAACCACCUGGUGCGCAAGCCGGUCUAAUCGGCAUGUUCGCCUCGACAAUAAUCAGCACUGUCGAAGCCGAACCUGCAGCCUCAUGACAGAGUGUCCCACCGGAGAUCGUCUUCUUGAAAGCUGGCUCGUUUGGCCGGCCAGAGUUGGGCUCAAUACAGGCCGAUCGUGAUGUCACCACGGACUCGAGCGGUCAAGUGAACCUCAGCCUCCAAGUCCAGCUUGAGGCCGACCAUCAAUGCAGCGGGCUUCAGAUUUCCAGAGUCGUCAGUUGCACCUUUGAGGAGACUGCCUGUGUUUGGGAAAAGGUCAGCAUUGGUACACAACAGAAGCUCAACCAUGAGCACUGAGCACUGCAUCAAGGCUGAGACACGGUACCCAGAUAAAACCCAGAAUGAAUGAAUGGGCUGCUUCACUUACCAGCUGGCUGUGAAAGAUAGUCAGAGGUUGGGGGCAGAGUUGAAGGGAAUGGUGCGGUGGACUUUGCAAUGGCCUUGCGGUUGCCUGCAGCCUGGCCAUCGUCGCUUCCACUCGAAUAGUCCUUGUCCAUGUUCUUGUUUGCUGCGCUGUUGCAAGUUGUCAGUGGAAUGCUGGUCAGGUUCAAUAUCAUGGACGGGAUCAGCUGGCACAUACAGGGUGGCCAUGGUGAUUGAUGCGGUUGGAUUAAGGGACGGUUUUGGUCUUUCAAGAUGAACUAUGCAAAUAAAUGGAUGCUAUAGGCUCGGGCUGCUGCAAAAGAGAUCAAACCAGUGAUGAC